UCUCCCGAAAGCUGUCAUCAGGUUGCAUUCUUUUUGCAGGUUGAACCGAUACCCUUGUCUAGUGCGCCCCUCUGCGGAAGCUAGAAGCCAGACUUUCUCCAGCCAUGUCCUUCUCAGUAGGGAGAUGCCCGAGGGUGGACCUUUCAUCUCAUCUUCCAUUCUUCCAGGGAAGCCAGGUUUCGAAGCUUCUCACACACCCCUCGUCUCGAAAAGCAUCAUCCAUUUUGUUUUCUUUCCUCCGGGUGUCCGGUAAGAUUUCUUGGCUUACUUGCUCAACAAGGAAAGAUGCGAUCAAAGCUCAAGAGUCUAUCUCGAUGUCUGGUACCUGCCAAGACCACACCAAGCUGCUACUGCGUAGGACGGCGUUAAGCGGUGUUUCUCUCCUAUCUGCGCCUCACCGACACACUGACACUGCGGCCUUGGCCACGAGUCCUGCUGGUUGUGACAGCAGCUGUGCUUUCCGCAAAGAAAUGCCAGCAUGCAGCUUACCACUGUUGGGUUCCAUGGUUUCCAUCCGCGUACUUCGUCAUAAAACGCAUACUGCCAUCUUUAGCCACUUUUACUCGGUAGCAGCGCCAGAAAAGACGCUCUAUCCGGUCGAAGAACGAAUGCGAAAUAUCUCCAGGAGACGUGGGCCCCUCAGAGGCCCGUUUUCUCCUCGCAAAAUGGUCGUGGACAAGUUCACGUCCCGAUUGACGCCUCCGGACCACACCACCGGAUUUUGAGUGGGUUCCUCUCGUUUGGUUGCCCAAUAUGGCAGUCCGGCAGAGGGGGAACCAUGGAAGAGAGUGUCCGUAUUCUCAAUGCAACUGGCCGGCGGCCUGGGAA